AGGAAGUGAAGCACGUUGGUUGUGUUGGUUAGAUUUCGGAUCGGAUUUAGGCAUGGAGUCGUACUUUCCAAGUUUGAAACCCAACAUGUAGACCUUUCAGAGGAAACUUCGCAAACUAGUAUUGAUGGUCGCAAGGGAUUACACAAAUAUGAAACUGAUUUAUUUGCCUUUGACAGGUAUGCAUGUGCCUGAAUUGUGGAUGGCCUCAUAUCCAGUCACUCUGUGAAGGGGCAGCUGGACAAGUAGCCUAUUUCUGGACUCUUAAAGGAAGGGCCUGCCUGCACAAGGAUCUUAAACAUGCCCUUGCCGUUUGGCCUAAAACUCAAAAGAACUCGAAGGUACACAGUCUCCAGCAAGAGCUGUCUGGUCACCCGCAUUCAGCUGCUCAAUGGCGAGUUUGUUGAGUUUACUCUUUCUGUGGAAAGCACCGGUCAGGAAUGUCUGGAGGCAGUUGCCCAGAGACUUGAGUUACGGGAGAUAACAUUCUUCAGCCUCUGGUACUUCAACAAGCAGAACCAGCAGCGAUGGAUCGACCUGGAGAAGCCCCUGAAGAAGCAGCUGGACAAGUACGGCCUGGAGCCCACCGUGUACCUGGGGGUGGUGUUCUACGUGCCCAGCGCGUCCCAGCUGCAGCAGGAGAUCACCAGAUAUCAGUAUUACCUACAACUAAAGAAAGAUGUUUUGGAAGGCAGAAUCCCAUGCUCUAUAGAACAGGCUAUCCGAUUGGCUGGCCUGGCAGUGCAAGCUGACUUUGGAGACUUUAAUCGAUACGAGUCUCAGGACUUCCUCCAGAAGUUUGUUCUGUUCCCCAUUGGUUGGAUCCAGGAUGAGAGAGUCCUGGAGGAGGCCACUCAGAAGGUGGCUCUGCUCUACCAGAACUACAGGGGGCUGCCCGCUCCAGAGGCCGAGAUGCUAUACAUGUUGGAGGUGGAGAAGAUGGAGGGCUAUGGGCAGGAGAGCUACCAAGCCAAGGACAGCCAAGGCACCGACAUCCUCCUGGGAGCAUGUCUGGACGGCAUCUUCGUCAAGCACAAGAACGGCCGCCCCCCCCUCGUCUUCAGGUGGAAUGAGAUUAACAACAUGACUCACAACAAGUCCUUCUGCCUGGAGCUGGCGAACAAAGAGGAGAGCGUACAGUUCCAGACGGAAGACAUGGAAACCUCCAAAUAUGUGUGCCGGAUGUGUCUGGCCCGGCACAAGUUUUAUAAGAUUAACAAGAGCAGCCUCCAAACCCAACCCACAGCCGUGAACCCAGUCAGACGAAGGUCCUCCACCCGAUUGUCUCUGCCAAAGCCCCAGGCCUACAUGAUGCCCCCGCCCCAGAUGCACUACAACGGCCACUUCACCGAGCCCUACACGUCCUCGCAAGACAACCUGUACAUCAACAACCAGAACGGCUACUACUACCACUCCCAGACGAGCCUGGACCGCUCCCCGCUGGAGUACGGCGGCGGCGGGCGCCUGCGCAACGGCAGCGUGUACAGCGCCCACAGCACCAGCUCGCUCACCAACCCCCAGCACUACCUGCAGCCCUCGCCCAUGUCCUCCAACCCCUCCAUCACGGGCAGCGACGUCACGCGGCCCGACUACGUCCCCACCCACCGCCACAGCGCCCUCAUCCCGCCGUCCUACCGGGCCACGCCCGACUACGAGACGGUGAUGAGGCAGAAGACCCGCGGCGGCGGCGGGGGAGGAGGAGGAGGGGGGAUGGUUCUGACCCAGGAGCACCGGCAGAGCCACUCCAUGCGGAACCUGAACAUCGGGAACUCGUACGCCUACAGCCGGCCCGACCCCCUGGUGUACAGCCAGCCGGAGAUCCGCGGGGAGCACGGGGGCGGCGCCCACCACCACUACCCCUUCCACCUGAACUCCAGCUUCCACAGCCCCUCGCCGUACCCCCACCCCAGCGAGAGGAGGCCCGUGGUGGGCGCCGUCAGCGUGCCCGAGCUCACCAACGUCCAGCUGCAGCAGGCCCAGGACUACCCGGCGCCCAACAUCAUGAGGACCCAGGUGUACCGCCCGCCGCCACCCUACCCGUACGGCGCCCACCCGCGGCCCGCCAACAGCACGCCCGACCUGUCCCGCCACCUGUACGUGAGCAGCAGCAACCCGGACCUGAUCAUCACCCGCCGGGUCCACCACUCGGUCCAGACCUUCCAGGAAGACAGCCUCCCCGUGGCCCACUCCCUCCAGGAGGUGUCGGAGCCCCUGUUCCUGGCCGCACCCCCCCACCGACACCCCCACCUCUCCCAGAAACGCAACUCCAUCGAGAUCGCUGGCCUGGCCUACAGCCUGGAGGGCAUGAGGGUGAAGGAGAGGACCGUCUCGGCCUCGGCUGCCGAGACGGCCUCCACUCCCCCCCCCGCCCAGCGUGGCCCCUCCCAGGGCUCGCAGCUCAACGUGUUCCUGGAGCGUACCAAGUCGGAGGACGGCGGGGAGGGGAAGGAGGACGUGCGCUACGGCCACAAAAAGUCUCUGUCGGACGCCACCAUGCUGGUGCACAGCAGCGGCGAGGAGGAGGAGUUCGAGGACGAUGGCGGGCGCCACACGCCCCGGUCCCAGGACGCCUUGGGGGGCGUGUCUCAUCCUGACCCCCAGCAACACCACCUGGUCUCCCUGGCUCAGAUCCCCUUGGAGCCGCCGCCCGCCUACCCCACGGGCUCCUCCCUCGACCCCGCCCUGACCGGGCCGCUGGCCUAUCAGACGCACCCGCUGAUCCCCGAGGCGGAGGCGAUGUACCUGCCCCGUCAGCAGCAGCCCAGGAUGAUGCCCUCGGUGUCGGAGGGAGACCUGAGCAGCCAGGCCAAAUACAACAAGACCAAGAAGAGGCCCGUGUCCGACGUACCUGCCGCCAAGAAGACUGUGGAAGGCCUGCCUCCUCCAGGUAUGAAGAAGGGCUCGCGGGCCGAGGUGAAGAAGAUGGGCCCCCUGAAGGUGGCGGCCCUCAACGGCCUGACCCCGUCCAGGCUGCCGCUGCACGACCAGGGCAAGGACGAGCCCGAGCUGGCCUCCAACGACGAGAGGUGUAAGGUUCUAGAACAGCGUCUAGAGCAGGGCAUGGUGUUUACAGAGUACGAGCAGAUUCCUAAGCGGCGGCCCAACGGGGACUGCAACAUCGCCCUGCUGCCCGAGAGCGGCGAGCGCAACCGCUUCCAGGACGUGCUGCCCUACGACGACACGCGCGUGGAGCUGGUGCCCACCAAGGAGAACAACACGGGCUACAUCAACGCCUCGCACGUCCGGAUAACGGUGGGCGGAGACGAGUGGAGCUACAUCGCCUCGCAGGGCCCGCUCUCCAACACCUGCCAGGACUUCUGGCAAAUGGUGUGGGAGCAGGGCGUCGCCAUCAUAGCCAUGGUCACCGCCGAAGAGGAGGGCGGCCGGGAGAAGAGCUUCCGCUACUGGCCGCGCCUGGGCUCGCGCCACAACACGGUGACGUACGGCCGCUUCAAGAUCACCACGCGCUUCCGCACGGACUCGGGCUGCUACGCCACCACGGGCCUGAAGAUCAAGCACCUGCUGACGGGCCAGGAGAGGACGGUGUGGCACCUGCAGUACACGGACUGGCCCGACCACGGCUGCCCCGAGGACUUCAAAGGCUUCCUCACGUACCUGGAGGAGAUCCAGUCUGUGAGGAGACACACCAACAGCACCAGCGAGGCCAAGAACACCACCCUGCCUGUGCUGGUCCACUGCAGCGCCGGCGUGGGCCGCACCGGGGUGGUCAUCCUGUCUGAGAUCAUGAUCGCCUGCCUGGAACACAACGAGAUGCUUGACGUCCCGACCGCCCUCAACAUGCUCCGGCAGCAGAGGAUGAUGAUGGUGCAGACCAUCUCUCAAUACACCUUCAUCUACAAAGUACUCAUCCAGUUCCUACGCAACUCCCGGCUCAUCUGAGCCUCGAUCCUUUGCCAUCACCACAGCCAUCUAGAGGACUACUGGCCAACCGGUUUCUGCCAGCCUCCUGCCAAACUGCAGAGCAAUGGAGAAACUGCAACCGGUGGAUUCAACAUGGCUGCUGCUGCUGGCUGGGUUCUGGACGACCCUUUCUUUCAGUAUUAACCAAGGCACAAUGACGGAGCCUGGGUGGAGAGAGGAGAAGCAGCAUUGUUACCUGAGGAAAGGAGAACAUGGUGAUGCCUCUCAAUAACAGUAUUAUUAUAACAGAGAUUUCGCUGUGGGUUAUUACACUACACAAUGACUACAUAUAAAACUGAGCACUUUUACAGUACUUUACUGUAUAUAGCGAAACCAUGUUAAAUCUGCAGUUAAUUCUAUAUUAUGAUUAUUGUGUAUCAUAAGCAAUUUUUAAGAUCUAUUUUUACCAUUUGAUUAUAUGGUUUCUUUUUAGACAUAUGUGUUAAUUUGAUGUUGAGGGUUUUGAUUAUGAAGGACAUUGUUUGAUUUCUGAAGAGUUACUGCUAUUGUUGGACUACCGAUGUUUUAUGACCUGACUGGAAUACGGGAACGUGACAAAACACUUCUCGGUUUGUGAUGAAUCGCUUGUGUUCCUCACACAGUGGAAGAAGUGUUGAAACAUUGCCAAGCUUUCUUGAGAGCUCUUGAGCCUAUUUUGUUUGCUCUUACAUAUGUGAAUUUUACACCAAUUUUUUACACAACAAAAUUGUAUCUAAAACACUUAAGACAUACAUAAUUGACAUGCAUAAAGGAGAUUUCAAGUUUGACCAACUUGAGCCCUCACUCUGAUUAGCAUCAUAACACCAAAGGAAACCAGAGUAUGGAUGGUGUGAUACUGAUGUGCUCCAUUUCAUCAUGUCGUUGAAGGGUUCCGUGUUUUGACAAGUUAAUGGUGGAGAUAGUGUGGUGCCAGAGACCUAGCUGUACUUAAUCACCAAAGAGUCUACUUCCCCAUCAGACUAGCAGCAAGACCCAACAAUCUUGCUCAACCCAUGUGGACAUCCAUUGUUACAAAUGAAAAAGCUAAAUAAAUAACUUAUUAUUAUUAAUUUU